UGUUUUGAUCGGAGCGAAACUCCGACUUCCGGUUUCUGCUGUCAGCAGAGAAAGAUUUUUGUGACCUUCUGGAGGAAAAACCCGGCAUGUGACGCAGGAGUUCUGCUUUUGGUUUCCAGACCUGUCCGGGUCGCUACUCUACGUUUGUAGACGACAGAAGUGGUGCAUGAUGGGAUUCUGGUUCACGGAGGGGCUGAGUUUCCUGCCGAUCGGGCUGGGCGUCUGGACGACCGCUACCAUGGUAACGACCUACAUCAUGGCCGUCCUGCGCGGCGAUGUCGUGCCCGACUUCCCCUACAUCAGCGACACAGGAGACAAGAUCCCAGAGAGCUGUGUGUUCGGCCAGAUGCUGAACAUAUCUGCAUUCCUCAGUCUGGGCACCAUGUACGUUCGAUAUAAGCAGGUCGAGGCGAUGAACCAGACAAACUCCCGCGGCGUGCGGCUGCUGAACAAGGUCGGCCUGUGGGUCGGGCUGCUGACCUCGGUCGGCCUCACACUCGUGGCAAACUUCCAGGAAGGUAACGUGAAGACAGUACAUUUCAUCGGCGCUGCGCUGGUGUUCGGGAUGGGAGUGGUGUACAGCUGUCUCCACACCGCUGUCUCGUAUCGUCUCUACCCUGCCUAUGCCUCGCUGCGACUGUGCCGCGCCCGGGCCGCCAUUACUGCCGUCGGGGCUCUCGCCAUGAUCAUCGCAUUUGGGACAGCUAUGUCAGCAAAUUACCAGUGGGCAACACACGAACAUGCACACGACAGGCUACACUGGCAGCCUGGGGACCCGGGCUAUGCCCCCCACGUGGCCAGCACCAUCAGUGAGUGGAUCAUGGCCAUCGCCUUCCUGUUUUAUUUCUUCACCUUCAUCCCAGACUUCCAGCUAACGGAGAUGGACGCAGUCAUUCGCCUCAAGUGGGAGGAACUCAGCGAGACAAGCCCACUUAUUACUUAAGGUGUGCGGAAGGAGCCCUCUUAUUCUUUAAAGGUCUGAGAGAAGAGCCCUCUUAUGUGUUUAUCUCAAAGAAACCAGGGGAACUGUUCAUGUUACUCUUUGGAGUACAUCAUCAAGUGUGCAGUACAAGAUUAUGUAGAAAAAUUACACCAAGGUGCUUCUAUUUUCCUUGAUUUAGUCAAUAUUGACUAGCAGAGGCCAUAUUACUAGUAUACAAUAGGAGAAGUGUCAUAAUUUUGUAUAGAUUACAUUUACAUAUAGUGUUUAACUCUGUUCAGUAGAGUACUAGUACAUGUACCGUACAGGAACUAAAUUUAGCACUGUGUUGAAACUAAUAGCGGUAUAGUAGAUGUUAAAGAACUGAUACAGUGUCAAACUCUGACCAAUAUAGUAUAUUGAUAGGGACUGAUGCAGAACUAUGUGCAGUAAGUCAUAGAGAGAGAGACAUGUACAAUGUCAUGUAUAUUGAUGGAUAAGUGUUUAAUUCUGUGCAGUAGUGAAACAAGUGUUACCAAAGGGAAAAUGGCAAUAUGCAGUUCAGAAAGAUGGUUGGUAUGUUAGAUAUAAGGGAAGGACUGUCCGUUUUAACCAACUCAAUUAUGACAAGAUUUUACCAUAUUAGUUCCUAAAGGAAAAGUUCUACGAAGUAACGUACAUAGUAGUUUGUAUGACUAUAAUGUAAGGCUGAAAUUGAGCUGAACUUGUGGUGAAAAAGUUGGCCAGCGGAAUAUUUUAUUGGGCCUGACAGGCUGGUUUCUCAUGUUAUCAUGGGAGCAAAUUGAAGUUUUGUAAAUUUCUAGAAUUUGUCAAGUUUUCCUCUAAAUAUUGUAUUUUAAAAUAGGUAUAUGUGCCAAGUUAUCAGUAUGAGUGCCAAGCUGAUAUAACCGAAACUCUGUGUACAUUGAAACUGUGCUUAUAUAGUUAUACCUGUGCAGCUUAACCAUUACUUCAGACAAUGUAAAAAUGAUUGUUGCAAUAUCCUGAGAAUUUACAAACCCAGGGCUGAGCCAUGGAACUAUUCUGCUUUUAAAUGUAAUAGGAACCAAGUAAUUGGUGCAUUUUCUGUACCAGCAAAGUUUGGGAAAGUGUUACUGUCGUCAUGCAGUUUUUGAACGUUUACAAAAAUGCUCUGCAGUAAGAAUGCUGAAUUCUUGUGCCAUGUUGCAAACUUUCUACAAAGUUGUGCCAUGUUGCAAAAUCCUUCAAAGUUGCAAUGUGCCAGGUUGCGUAAUUCUACAAUGUUGCAUUUGAAUCACAAGUUGAUUCCGCAGUACAACAUUAUUAAUGUUACAUUAUGAAAAUGAAGCUGCAAUAUGACUUGAUUUUGUACACUGAUGAAACUGUGCCUUACAACAUAGAUGUAGCCUCCUGCGCAGAUUUUUCUAGUGACCUACUUUGUUUCUAUGAUGAUCGUAGUGGUAUGUUUUCGCUGGGAGGUAGCUGUAUCCAUGCUGUACCAGAACACAAACCCAGCGCUCAUUGUAACAAACGCAGGCAGGAGGCUAGUACAUGUUGGUGAACUGUUGAACAAGACCUCCUAGCUAUGGCUGUCUGAUCUACCGUCUUCUGACUUCGGGAGGCGGCUGGAAACAAUAGAAUUUGGCCAAAUAGAGAGAUAACAUACCAGGGUGCGGCAAACUGUAGUUACUGUGCUGUCUAGCAGACCUACUCCCUCGGCAUGUUAUCUAUUUGGCCAGUUUCUACUCUUUCCAGAAGCCUGGUAGAGGCUAUGUCUGAUCCACUUAUGGGAUAGCUGUGUGAAUGCAGAUAAUAGGCCCUCUCUACAUUCUGUGCAGCUUGUACAGGAGUGAAGCUACUGCAUUACUAUAUCUCACCGCUCUACAUGUCUCCCACGUGGCUAGUAACAAAAUACAACCAUGAGAAGAGAA